CCCCCCGGGCCCGGCUGUCCCCCCACAAGGGCAAGAGCAAGACCCUGGACUACAGCGACCUGCAGCCCGGGCCGGGGGCUCUGACUCCCGCGCCCCCCCCCACCCGAGACGGGCUUGAAGCGGGGCCGCGAGGGGGGUCGCGCCUCCACCCGCGACCGAAAGAUGCUCAAGUUCAUCAGCGGCAUCUUCACCAAGAGCCCCGCGGCGACCCCCACCCACCCCGCGCCCCCCUGGGCCCCUCCCUGCGCCGACCCCGCCAGGGCCGCCCCCCCCAAGGCCCUGGUGAACAGCCAGGAGUGGACCCUGGGCCGCUCCAUCCCCGAGAUCCGCCUGGGUGUCCUGGGCAGCAGCAAGAGUGGGAAGUCAGCACUCGUCCACCGGUUCCUCACCGGCUCCUACGUGUGCCUGGAGCCCACUGAGAGCGGGCAGUUCAAACGCGAGGUGACGGUCGAUGGGCAGAGCCACCUCCUGCUCAUCCGGGAGGAGGCUGGAGCCCCAGAUGCGCAGUUUGCCAACUGGGCGGACGCCGUGAUCCUGGUCUUCAGCCUGGAGAGCGAGAGCAGCUUCGAGGAGGUGUCGCGGCUGCAUGAGCUGCUCUGCGGCCUCCGCGGCACCGGCGACGUGGCCCUGGCGCUGGUGGGCACCCAGGACAAGAUCAGCUCGUCCAGCCCACGGGCGGUGGAGGACGCGCGGGCCCGGGCGCUCUGCGGGGACUCGCGGCGCUGCCUCUACUACGAGACCUGCGCCACGUACGGGCUCAACGUGGACCGGGUCUUCACAGAGGUGGCCCAGAAGGCCGUGGCACUGAAGAAGCAGCAGCAGCUCGUGGCCUCCUGCAAGUCCCUACCCAGCUCCCCGAGCCACUCGACCGCCUCCACCCCCGUGGGAGGGGUCCACCCCAACCAGGCCAGCAACGGUGGCCACACCAGCGACUACUCGUCCUCUCUGCCAUCCACGCCCAACGUGAGCCACCGGGAGCUGCGCAGUGAGACCCCCGCGCCCCUGGGCACCCCCAGCUCCCUCCACCGUGGGGCCAAGCGCAGAACCAGCCUCUUCGCAACUCGCCGUGGCAGCGACUCAGAGAAGCGCAGCCUGGACAGUCGUGGAGAGGCCACCGGCAGCGGCCGCGCCAUCCCCAUCAAACAGAGCUUCCUGCUCAAGCGCAGCGGCAACUCCCUGAACAAGGAGUGGAAGAAGAAAUACGUGACCCUGUCCAGCAACGGGCUCCUCUUCUACCACCCCAGCAUCAACGACUACAUCCACAGCACGCACGGCAAGGAGAUGGACCUGCUCCGCACCACGGUCAAGGUGCCCGGCAAGCGCCCGCCCAGGGCCAUCUCGGCCUGCGGGCCCUCGGCCAGCAUCAACGGGCUGGUGCGGGACCCCGAGCCGGGGGGGGGUGUCCCCUCCAUGGGACUGAGCCUCCCCCCCGAGCCGGGGCUGAAGGUGGUGGGCAAGGGUGAACGGUCGCUGCAGCGCUGCGCCUCGGCCUCCAGCGCCAAGCUCAUCUCCUCAGACCCCCCCUUUGAGGCCCUGUCCAGCCCCGGCAGCGCGGGCAGGGACCCCCCCCCGUCCCCGCUGGUGGACAGGAAGAAGCACCGGCGGAAGAAGCUGAUGACGCCGUCCAAGACCGAGGGCUCGGCGGGGCAGGCGGAAGCCAAGCGCAAAAUGUGGAAAUUAAAAAGCUUUGGUAGUUUAAGAAAUAUUUAUAAAACAGAGGAGGAGAACUUUGAGUUCCUGAUCGUGUCGAGCACGGGGCAGACGUGGCACUUUGAGGCUGGCAGCUUCGAGGAGCGCGACGCGUGGGUUCAGGCCAUCGAGAGCCAGAUCCUGGCCAGCCUGCAAUGCUGCGAGAGCAGCAAGAACAAGGCGCGCAUGGACUCCCAGAGCGAGGCCGUGGCCAUCCAGGCCAUCCGCAACGCCCGCGGGAACUCGCUCUGCGUGGACUGUGGGGCACCCAACCCCACGUGGGCCAGCCUGAACCUGGGCGCCCUGAUCUGCAUCGAGUGCUCGGGCAUCCACCGCAACCUGGGCACACAUGUGUCGCGUGUGCGCUCGCUGGACCUGGACGAUUGGCCCCGGGAGCUGACGCUGGUGCUCACGGCCAUCGGCAACGCCACGGCCAACAGCAUCUGGGAGCAGAACCCGCGCGGCCGCUGUAAACCCACCCAUGAGUCCUCCCGAGAGGAGCGGGAGUCGUGGAUCCGCGCCAAGUACGAGCAGCGGCUGUUCCUGGCACCGCUGCCCGCGGCCGAUGCCCCCCUGGCCGAGCGGCUGCUCGGGGCCGUGCAGGAGCGGGACCUGCCCGCGGUGCUGCUGUUCCUCGCCCACGGGCACAAGGAGCAGCUCAACGCGCCCUCGGGGGACUCCGAGCGCCGCACGGCCCUGCACGUGGCCUGCGACACCGCCCAGGUGGUCGUCACCCAACUGCUCGUCUGGUACGGGGCCGACGUGCGGGCGCGGGACGGGCACGGCCGCACCGCGCUGUUCUACGCCCGCCGCGCCGGCAGCCGCGAGUGCUCCGACAUCCUCCUGCAGCACGGCUGCCCCGGCGAGGGGCCCGGCAGCCCCCCGACCCCCGGCAGCCCCCCGACCCCCGGCCCUCUGAGCCCCGGCGGCCCCCCGACCCCCGGCCCCCGCCGCCGCAGCAGUUGCGCCAGCGUGGGGGGGCCCUGCGAGCCCCGCUCGGCGCUCGUAUAGCCCCGAGGGGCCCGGAGCCCCCCCAGCCCCCGCCGCGAGGCCCGGGGUCACCCCGGUGCCACCUCCCGACGGGGUCACCCCGGUGCCACCCCCCGACGGUGCCCCUGCGUUGCGGGUGCCCGCGGGCCCCGGGGCCGUCCCGGUGCCUCCCCCGGGGUCGCCUCCUGCCCACGGUUUGUAUUUUUGAUGCUCUAUUUAUUACCCCCGGCCCUCGGCGGGGUCUCCGCCGGUCCUGCCCCCCCUGCCCGUGCCAGGGACCCCCCCCGUGCUGCGGGGCGCGUGGUGGCACCGCCAGCCGGGUCCCCUCCCGGUGCCACAGCGGUCCCCGCCCCCGGGAGGUUGUGCCCCAGUGUGGGGUGGGCGUAGCUGGGAUGGGGACACUGCGGGUGGGAGUAACCCCUGCCCGUGUCACCCUUGCCCGUGUCACCCUUGCCCGUGUCACCCCUGCCCUUGUCACCUCACUUGUGCCACCCCCUGCCCGUGUCACGCCCUCCCUUCCCCAGAGCCCCCUGCCCACAUCACCCCGUCCUACCCCCCAUCUUCCCCCCCCCGCUGCGCUCCGUCCCCGUGCCCCCUCCCCAGCCAUACCACCCUCCCAAAGUC